CGUCCGCGGUGGUAACUCGAGAAUAAGAAUACGUGUGCGCGGUUAACAUAAAUUUAACACUCUCUCCACGUCUUAAAUACCAUCCGAACGAAAAGUAUUAAAACGGAGAAGUAUUUAAGAAUAAUCGUAUUAGCUCCGCACAUAGUUCAUGUACGAUACGGAUACAAACGUAUAGAUAGAGGAGUAUGUAAGUAAAGAAGCAAAGUAAAGCAAGCAAAAGCAGGGGGGAAUGUGGGUUGCGGGCCGAGGGGCCGACGAGUCCCUGCCACAUUCCGUUCGCAUGCCAAUAGGAUCGCCGAUCUCGACGACGGACGAGACACAGUUUGAGUUUAAGCGCAAUUGCCGCCGACACGAUCGAGUUUAUUCCUUCUUCAUUCAGUUUCAGCUUCAGUACGAGCGCGAUAGUGCCGUGGCGAAAUUGCGCGAUUACGAAAAGUGUUUGGUACACAUUUUGAGGUUAGGCCACGGGACACGAUAAGGUGCGAUGUGAUUAAAUACGAACGAAGAUUUGAAAAAAAAAGAAAGCGAUAAGAAACAAGCUGGAUACGAUACAUUAAGAUUCUUUAUUUAUUAGAAAAUUAAAAACCAGUAUUCAAAAUGAAUUAGAAAAGAAAUCAUGUAUGACACAUAGUGAAGAAGAUUGAAAUUGAAGAGAUUCAAAAUAAAGGAGAGAGAAAAAGGAUUUUUUUGAAAAAUCUAUUUAUAUAUAUAAUAUAUAGAAGUAAUAUUAUUAUUAUUUUAAAUUUUCGAAAUACUAAUUAAAAUAGAGAGAGAUAUUAUUAUGUGCUUUUGGCUUUGCCUUCUGUAGUCGCAUUCCAUUCGCAAGGAAGGUAUCGCGCGAUUGGUGGACGACGUAGUGACGUCACCCGUCGCCUGCUCAUGAUAAUGUGGUAUUCAACAUGGCCGUGUAGUUGAGUGUGUGUGUGCCAGUUUGCCGUACGUUCGUUUUGAGCGCGGGGAAACCGUGAGAGAGAGAGGAGUUUUCGGCGGGGCGGUCGUUUAAAUGUUGCGAUAAUAAUAAUGCCAAAAGCGAGGAAUGGCCUGUUGCCACUGCCGGACGGUUGGGACGUGGCUAGGGACUACGAUGGAAAGGUUUACUUCAUCGACCACAACUCGAAGAAGACCACUUGGAUCGACCCGAGGGACAGGUUUACGAAACCGCAGACAUUCGCGGAUUGCAUUGGGAACGAGUUGCCCGUUGGCUGGGAGGAAGCCUACGAUGGCCAAAUCGGACACUACUAUAUCAAUCAUGUUAAUGAGACCACGCAAUUGGAAGAUCCAAGGGAGGAAUGGCGCGCGAUUCAGGAAGCGAUGUUACGGGAUUACCUGGAGAUCGCCCAGUACGUACUGGAGGCCAAAAAAGACAUUUACAACGUAAAAUCCCAACGGCUCACCAUCGCCGAAGACGAAUACAAUCAUCUUAACAAUGCCUUAGCAACACUCACCACAUCUAGAACAAGCCUGUGUUCAUCAACGAGUAGCGUUAGCACAAAAUACGAUCCGGAUCUUCUAAAAUCGGACGUGGCAAUGGCCAGAAAUAGAGUUUCUCGAUUAAAAUCGGAAUUGGAACAAAUCAAAAACGAAGUGACGUACACACAAAGAGGGGUUGAUACGUUAACGAGUGUCGGUCAAAAAUUGAGUCGAAACCAAGGAAUGUUUUAUAGCAUAACGGAAGCUCAAGCGAUAAUGAACGAAUUAAGAAACAUCCAAAAAUCUUUAUCGUCCGGGGAGAAAGAAAAAGCUGAUUUAAUGCAAAGUUUGGCGAAAUUAAAAGAUGAAAUGACAAGGUUACAACUUUGCGAAAGUUCGCCCGACGCUUCAACGCUAAGUUUACCCCAAGAAAAAUUAAGUACCGCCUCACAAACGGAUUUAUCCUGUGAAUUAUUACCGAUAGGAACAAGAUUAGCGGAAAUGGCAAAGAUGCGAUUGGAAUAUGAUGAGGCGAGGAAAAAGGUGCAAAUGAUUCAACAAAAAUUAGCCGAUUUGGAGGAGAAAGUACAACCGGGACAAGAAGAAUCCGAUAAAGAUCGUUUAUUAUUAUUUCAAGAAAAAGAACAACUACUAAGAGAAUUAAGAAGCAUAACACCAAGAACUAGAUCGAAAGAAGAAAUGUGUGAUAUCCAAUUAGAGUGUAAAAGAUUAGAAGAAGAUCUUAACAAAGCGAUUGAAAUUAGUAACAGGGCAAUCGCUGAUAGAUUAAGAUUACACGAAGAAAAACAAUUAUUAUUACAACAAUUAAGAGAUGCUUUAAGAGCUAUGACGCAAUUAGAGUCACAAUUAAAAACGUUAUCGGCGAGUACGUUAUCGGUUAGUAGUAGUUCUAGUCUUGGAUCGUUGUCUACAACCAGUAGCAAAGGAUCGUUAAGUUCCGGUUUGAGUUUUACGGAUAUUUACGGUGGUCCUCAAUGUAUGGCGGUUAACAUGGAUAAACCGGUUGAUAUGGCCGAUUUACAUCGAAGAGUCGAACGUUUAUUAAAAGGAAACGACUCGUCGCAAGUUAACACACCAUCUCCAGGUCGAUCACAACCAUCUUUAUCGCCGAGAAGUUCUUUAUCAUCAGUUUCACCACCCGUCUCACCCAUGUACGAAAAUUUACCGUGUAUGAUACCGCCACCAUCCUACGAACAAAUCGAAAGAGAUCGUAAAGAAUCGGAAUUCCAUCAAAAUUUAUUCCCAUCGCGACUUCCAAUUAUUUCGUCAUUAACCCCAUUUACAGACCUUUUAGAAGGUGGUAAUAUCAGUAAUAUGUCUCAAGGUAGUGGCUUAGGAAGGCCGUCUAGAUUAUCGUACGAAAGUUCUGGUGAUCCUCAACUUUCCCCAAUUUCUGAAACACCCCCGCCAACUCUCGAUCAAGAUGAAGGACUUCAAGGAGCAACUCUUUCAAGAACAUCGUCAUCCGGAACAAACACCCGAUCAGUUUCCGCCGCUGUUAGCGAUGAAUCGGUUGCUGGUGAUUCAGGUGUUUUUGAAGCUUCGAAUCGUAAAAGAUUAUCCGGAUUAUUCGGCGGAGAUGAUUCCGAUACAGCACAAGUUCAAAUUAAAGUUAAGUAUACAACCGCUGAAUCAACAUUGAGUAUUUGUAUAGAAAGAGGAAGAAAUCUAGCAGCGUUACUGAUCGCUGACGAUUCAGAAGUGUAUAUUAAAAUAGCUUUGUUGCCUUCAGCACCUUGUUCGACAUCGGUUUGUUGUACGAGAUCAGUGCGAGAUUUAAGAAAACCCAUUUUCGGGGAUGUUUUUAAUUUUACAAUAGCAGCGAAUAAAAUUUACACAAAAACUUUGCAAAUGAACGUUUGGGGCCGAAUCGGUGGUCAACAAGAAAAAUGUAUUGGUUGUGCCCAAGUUAGUUUAGCAGAUUUCAACCCGCAAAGUCCAUCAUCGAAGUGGUACAACAUUCUCGGUCUCCAUUUCAUGGAAACGCCAAACGAAGAUAUAAAACCUGAAUCGGAAGAUCUUUCGCGACCAGAACCUGACUUAACUUAUAAAUACCAUUCAACGCAUCAUCAACAAUUCGGCACCAAAGAAGAAAGUUCAGAUGACUCAACUAUAAUUUCAUCUCAAACGUCAACGUUAACGAGAAAUCAAGAUUGUGCAGGUUUCCAAAAAGAUCUUCUCCUCCCAGAUUUAAAUCCAAACCUUUUCGAUUACGAAGAUGAUGAUUCUGAUGAGGAGGAAGAAGAAGAUGAAAAUGAAGAGGAGGAAGAAGGAAUAACGGUUGAAUUUCGCCCAAAUGAUCCUUUAGAAGUUGUUGUUGAAGAUUGUGACGAAGAAAAAGAAAAAUAUUUAGAUAAACAAACUAACACCGAGUGCGCUUUUUAUCCCGAACACGCAAAACAGAUGAAAAUUAACGCAUCCGGGAUAGAUGAAAGACAUAUCAAAAGAUCACAAACGUUUUCGCCAGCUGUUUCAAAAAAUCCCUACAUAUGUAAAUUAAAUCGAAGCGACAGCGACAGCGCAAUGCCUUUGUAUAGAAAAGGAACAAAUCCUUUCCAAAGAAACGCCGUGGAAAGACGAUCAUUAAGAUUUAGGAAACAAUCGGGUUCUUUAGCAACACUUUCCACCCAAACGAAAUCUUCAGAAAGUGGAAGAAGUCACAUGCCACCAACAUCGAGAACUUCGUUAGAUUUAGAAUUGGAUCUGCAAGCGCAACAGACCCGAUUACACAUUUUGAACGCGGAAUUGGUACGAUUGAGGGAGUUAAAAAAUCGACUUGAAGCAGCAAAAGAACAAGGCGACACCGAAAUCGCCGCUUGGGUUCUUGAAGAUAGACAAUUUCAAAAUUUGGUCGCCCAAGCUGAAAAUGAAAAGUUAAUGAGGACCGCUGAAGAAAAGAAAGUUGAUAAAAUGUUAAGGAGGGUUUCAAAGGAAAUUUAUAAAUUAAGAAAAAGUAAAGCUGGAAAUGGAAAACCUGAUCUUAUCUCUUUCAAAGAGAAAAUGGCAUUUUUUACAAGAAUAAAUACAACUGUACCAAUUUUGCCACCUGAACAAUCCGAAGAUAAUUCGAAACCGCCUGAAGAAAUUAACAAUCAGUAUUCGAAGUCUGAAGGUAAAUCGGAUGAAAAAAGUGUGGAAAUAUCGUCUUCGACAAGAUAUGAAUACGUUGUUGAUCGCGCUUUGGGUGUCGAAGUGUAACUUUUUAAAAAAAGAAAUAGAUUUUAAGAUAAAAUGAAAAAGAUAUAAACUAUUUUUCGAUUCGAUUUGUACUCUUUGUGAUUUUGUGCCUUCAGAUCUGAUAGAAAAGAAGUGUAUUUGUAAAUAUUUAUAGAUGUGUCUAUUUCUUCCGGUGGUUUAUACAAAGAAAUACUCAAUACGUUUUAUUAAUAUUAUUUUUUUAAUUAGAGAAAUAAAACAAAAUAGAUAAACAGA